UCUCAUCGAAUGCGGUGGAUUGCAUUGUCGUUUGAUGAAUCAUGGAAGAUGAUAUUCUACUCAUGAAUAUUUUUAUCCUGAAGGACUCGUAAAGACGAUGAAAGUUUUUACAUUUUUUAGUUUUAAUGAAAAGCAGUACUCUCCUUGGUAAAUUAGUUGUUUCUUUACAUUUCUCUGACUGCUGACAGAAAGUGUCUAGACGGUUGAGUUAUAAAAACCUGCCUGUACAUGAAAUUUACUAUAUCCUGGUGAAAAUGUCCACUAUCAAAAGUAAGAUUGAUGACUAUGGAUUUGAACGUGAAGAUGACUUUGACUAUGAAACAUAUGAGAAGUUCAUGUCAGAAUAUUUGGUAAUUAUGGCCAAGCGUGCAAUUAAGUGGGACAAAGUUGUUGAUCCAGAACACCGUACACGAAAAUCAUUCAAAGUAAAGCGAUACUGUAGAAAAGGCAUCCCGUCUUCUCAAAGAGCACAAGUGUGGUUUGAUGUUAGUGGAGCAAGAAAACGAUGGAAACAUGGGCAAGGUGUUUAUAAGCAAAUGCUUGAAGCAAGAAAAGAUUCUCAUGUUAUUGAAAGUAUAAAAACAGAUUUACAUCGAACAUUUCCAGAAAACAUACAUUUUUCUGAUGAUAUUAAUUCCAAGAAAGAAUCUCUAUUUAAUGUGCUAAGUGCAUAUUCACUUUAUAAUCCAAAAAUUGGUUAUUGUCAGGGUUUUAACUACAUUGUUGCUCUGCUGUUGCUUGUUGUACAACAUGAAGAACGUGUGUUCUGGCUCCUUGAUGUUCUUGUUACUAAAAGACUUCCAGAUUAUUACAGUACAAAAAUGCAAGGAUUAAUGGUUGAACAAGCUGUUCUUGAAGAACUAAUGUGGAGAAAAACACCAGUGCUGGCAGAACAUUUCAAAAAACUUGACGUUGAUGUCGCUGUACCUACCACAAAAUGGUUUAUUUGUCUUUACACUGAUGUAUUACCUAUCGAGACAGUUCUUAGGAUAUGGGACUGUUUAUUUUACGAAGGUUCAAAAAUCCUUUUUCGUGUGGCUUUAACUCUAUUUAUGCUUAAUGAAGAGACUCUCCUUUCUUGUGACGACAUCGUUUCUCUUUGCGAGGGAUUUAAGAAUGUUGUAAAAAGCCCUGACGUAGUUGACUGCCAUCAUUUCAUGAAGAAAUGUUUCACAUUACCUGGGUCACUACCUCAGAGGAAAAUAAAUAAUUUGCGAACAAACAAGCAAGAAAUAUUAAACGAAAGAGGCUAAGUUGCUUGAUGUAGUUAAUGUAUGAUACCUGAUUUUAGUAGAUUUAAUCAUUUGUUUUACAUAAAAAAAAACAUGCUAUUUAUCAAUUACAAAUCAAAACCAUUUGGAA